CGUGACUAAGUAAAUGUUUUGACUAGGGGCCAAUUCGAAAACUUCAAUCUUCAAUAUUUCGAAAACGGAGGAAGGUAUCGAAAACUUUUACUUAUUAUUUUAGUCCUAUCUUGGGCCAUUGUGCCCAAAUCCGUCAUCAGAUCGCGGGCACACGUAAAACGCAACGAAAUACAAGUUUUGAAUGUGGGCCAAUUCGAAAACUUCAACCUUCGAUAUUUCGAAAACAAAAGGAGAUUUCGAAAUAUUCCUCUUUUUAUUUUAGUCGUCUUUUAGGCCAUUAUACGAGAAUCCAUCAUCAAAUCGUGGGGUCACGGAAACCAUAAUCGUGCUCUACUAGUUUCCGCAGAUCCGCAGUGGUUGUAUUAGGUAAGUUCCGUUUAGGGUUCACGAGGCUCGCGAAGUCUUCCGUUUGGCGUCUAAUAGCUGCGUUCCUUUCCAUCUAAUAGUUGCGUGCGGUAUGGCGCCCGCGAGCUUGACAAAGCCAACUUGACGAUGACGUCGAAUAACAUUUCCUUUGCUUUUCAACUUUUAAUUGUCAAAACGAAAUUUUGAGAAGGUAAUUAUUGAGCAAAUACUUUAUGUUAACCUUCUACGUGACCGUUCUACGUGAUCAGGAAAAUCGCCUCGACUCCUCGAGCAAUCACAAAUUCAAACAAGCAAACAAACAGUACUUUGUGUAAUUUAACAGCGAGCAAAACGCGCUUGUCGUCGCGGACCUUGCGAGGCUCGCGAGCGCCAAAGGGUUCAAGUAUUGAAUAUCAACAUUCCAAGCCCAUGUCGUAUUUGUGUCAUACUGUAUAAACUAAGCAUUGCGAAGUAACUUGUUCGGUCGUAAGGUGGUUAUUUAGUAGAAAUAAUCUACAGAUUUAUGAGAGCAUUCGGUUUGACUAAUGUCCUUUGAAUGUUCUCAUCGAUAAAGUAAUAGCUGGAUUGGAUUAGAAUUUCUGGGAUUCAGUGCGGAUAUAUGUGGCAAGAGUAGGACGUUUCGACGUUAUAAAUUUAGAUAUAUUAAAUCAACUCUUAUAGAGCAAAUGGAGAAGAUUCCAAUCUUCAACAGUGUUGAAGAUGAGUGCCGAUAUUGGAAGGAAAGAGCAAAAUUUUAUUAUAAAGAGUGGACUGAUACUAAACAGGAGUUCGAUGAGUAUGUGGAGGACUCAAAACAGCUGGAAGCGGAAAUGGAAGCGACUGCAGAACAGAAGGAAAACGUUAUAAGGGACUUACGAAAACAAAUUACUUUUCAUGAAAAUGAAUGCGAAUCUUUCAGAGUCAAAUUGGAAUCAAUUGCAUUGGAAUUUAAAAAUGCCGAAAAACAGUUGAUGAGCGCACAAGUAGAAAAGGAGAACAUGAAAAAAUAUUUAAGACAGUUAGAGCAGCAAAACGAUGACCUGGAACGAGGGUAUAGAAUUUUGAGUGAAAGCAUUGCAGGUGUUAAAACUGAUCUUGACAAGGCAUAUGAGAAAAAUGCCCUUCUGGAAAUAGAAGUUGAUGAAAAAGAAUUUCUCCAAGAAAAAUUACAACGACUUAUGGACGAAACGAGAGAUCUAAAGCAAGAACUACAUGUGAAAGAUAGAUUACCUUGUAUGAAUAGAAACAGCUUAUCUGAUUUGAUAUAUACCGAUGAUACAGUCAACGUAGUUGAAGCAAACUCUCAAGGUGGCGCGCAUACACGAUCAUUAAAACUAUACGGAAUUGAGGAUAUUCCUUUAUGCUUGAAAUGGAUAGUACCUCCUGAUAAUACACUGAAUGGCAAUGUUCUAUCUGCAAGUUCCAGAACAACAGCGUUAAAUAUUGUAGCUGAUAUGCUACGGAAACUUAAUGCAUGGAGGCGUUCGUCGAACGGUUCCCAUAGAUUAGAAAUGAAAUGAAUGAAAACAUGUUUUUCUGAUACACAAAUCUCUAUCAGGCAAUGGAAUCAAAACUAAAGGAUUAUCGAGAACAUGUCCCGGGUCCUAGGCAAUGAUAUUAUCUGCUUGAUGUCAAUAAACUGGUAAUUUUGGCUAAUCUAUACCAGCUCUUUAUUGAAAUUAAACAAAUUGUGAAAAAGACUAAUACUAGCUGUCGGUCGUCUAGUACAAUUUCCAAUUGAAUCUUGGAGAAAUGUAUGAUAUUUUAAACGCGCAUGUGUGAAGUUUAUACAGCAUUCAAUACAUAUUUAUUAAAUAUAGAGAUUGCGCCUUAAAAAAGAUUACGUUAUAUCAAUGAGACUGUGAAUGCAAAUGCCUGCAGAUUGCACACUACUGACCUUAAAGAGUAUAGAAGUUAAAACGUAAAAUGAGCAUUUUGAAUGCGUCCUUUUUUUCUCGACAGCUGCGAUUAUUAUAUAUUAUUUAAUUAUAACUUCCAUCGUCCACAUAUUCGCAAA